AUGACUUUGUUCCCCACCAAGUUUGAAAAUGGGAAGAUUGAGUACAAGAUAAGGUACAAGGGGAGAUCAAGGCCAUUCUCUAGAGCCAAGGCCUUGGUGACUUCAGAACAGUCCAGGGACCCAACCAAGCUAAAGGAGCUUCUGUCUCAAGUCCUCACUAUCACCCUUGAUGGUGACAAAGGAGCCAGCUCGACCGACAGCUCGAUCGAGCUAGAAACAGGGCAACUCGAUCGAGUUCCACAACUCGACCGAGGCAGCGUUCACAAAGGAGGAGAUAACAAGAGGAGCAAGGAGAAUGCAAAGACACUAACCAAGGAAGAUGAGGAAGAGAUUGAGAGGUUGAGGGAAGAGAGAAGGACCAAGAGGAGGAAUGACCCAAUCAGCAGUGAGAGUGAAUUGGGAGAAUUCGAGAUUGGUGUGAACAUUGGAAGGGGAGAGAGUGAUGACUCUUCACAAGAGGAAGGAGAAGAGGUCAAUCAAGAGAUUGAGGAAGUGAGCAUGAGAGCAAUGAGAAUGUGCCCAUGGAGGAGGAGGAGUCAGAGGAAGAAGAGGAUGAGCUCCCCAUGUACCAAGAGCACUAUGAUGCUCUCUUCUCCAUGGACUUUGUGGAGACCAAGUACCCACAUGAUGACACAAUGA